UCUUGUGGGCUAUAGUUUUCUGCAUGAGAGUCCGGUGUGGUUGGUCAGAAACAAUCACAUCAACAAAGCCAACGAGGUGUUCAGAUGGUUAUGGGGACCCAACCAUCAGGUUGAGGUAGAGACUGAUCUACAAGAACUCUUGAAAAGAAUAAAGGAUGAAGAGAGAGAACACACUAACCAAAUGAAUAGAAGUCUGGCCUUUAGUCAGAAAUGGAAACAAUAUCUGAGACCUCAAGUAUACAAGCCAUUCAUUAUCAUCCACAUAUUCAACAUUGUGCAAAUUGUCUGUGGAACCAAUCUCUUUAUAUUCUAUUCUGUGGAUAUCAUCUCAGGGUUUAAACAUGAUGGAAGUCUAGACAUCAACUUAACUACCAUUUUAACGUCAACAGUUAGAGUUGUGUUCAUGGCUGUCUCUUGUGUAAUGUUAGUGUGGUUUGGACGUCGAACAGUUUGCAUUUCUUCAGGUCUUGGUUCAGGUGUUAGUGCAGUAUUGAUUGGUACAUUUGUUUACAUGCAAAAUAUUGAAGCCUGGAUAAUAAUUGGCCUGGUACUGGUAUAUGUGGCUUUCAAUACAUAUGGAUAUUUUGUAAUGCCACCAUCAAUGAUUGGAGAAAUAUUGCCAUCUAAGAUUAGAUGUUUUGCUGGGGCUUAUAUUUUCACCAUGAAUGAUAUUGGUAUGUUUUGUGCAACUAAAGCAUUCUCUUCAGUUGCUAGAGCAGUUGGUAUUCAUGGCAUUUUCUGGAUAUUUGGUGUGUCUUCCUUACUAUGCUCAUUGUUUUUAUACCUACUGUUACCCGAAACAAAAGGGCGCUCUCUUGUGCAAAUAGAAGAAUAUUUCCUACAACCAAAUAUUCUAUGGCUCACAAGAAAUAAAUGGCGACAAACGAGCAAUACAAAGAUAUAAGGAGGCAAGUUUCAUUAAGACUGCAGCUAACAGCUGGGAUUCAACGUAGAUAACCACACAUGCAAGUCAGACAUAUUGGUGCUGUGCAAACCUUCAUGGUGUCUUAAGUGGAUGUAAACACAAUCAUAUUAUUAACCAAAAAAUGAAUCAGUGAUAAGUAAUGCGCUCCACGAUAGAGUAAAGCUGGUUAUUUAUAUCAGGUAUUGUAACCAAUCAACCACCAAAGAAAUGAAAAAUGCUUAUGUACAAUAAAAUGCUAGAACAAGUUAAUAUCUUUCACUGUGUCAUAUUGUAUUAUAUCACAUGAAGAAGAAUGUGUCUUUAAAAAUAUAAAUAUUUACACAAGCAACUGGAGAAAUAAACCAGGAUACAGUUCUUCACUAAUACAAAGCAGGCUAGACUCAACAUUAACAAAAAUCUGGCCAUCACAAACGCCACUUAUGAAGAGAACUGUGUGUACAUUAUUAGAUCAUAAUAAAAG